AUGUUGAAGAUUUUGGAAGACUUUACAAAUGAAAGGAGAGAAGAAGAAAUCGAAGUUAAACAGGAUGCAUAUCAGGAGUUUAUAAACUACCAACUAUUGGCAGCCAACAUAAAACAAGUUAAUAGUAUAUAUAUGCUUGAAUGCACUUAUAAUAAUGAAAAUGAAGCUAACAAGGACCACAAAUAUAAAACAUAUACCAAUAAUGUUAGGAACCUUGAAACUGAUGGCGAAGAUAAUAUAUUAGAUGAAGAGGAAAGCUUAGAACAAGAUUCCAAUAGUUGA